AUGGAUGCUUCGGACGCCUUGUAUAAAAAAGAAAUGCUCAUUGGCAACGAGUACUCUUCUCCUUCCGACGUCGAAAAAUCAUCGCCGUAUCUCCCCAAAGCAGCCGACCUAGCUCCUCUCAACAUCGAGAUCACUUAUCCCGAGGGUGGCCGCGAUGCCUGGUUGGUGGUAUUAGGUGCGUGGUGUGGAUUGACCUCAUCACUGGGUAUCUACAACACAUCUGGUGUGUUCGAGGUCGUUAUAUCCAAAGUGAUAUUACCGGAGGCCUCUUCGUCUACUCUUGGCUGGAUAUUCUCAGUCUACGCCUUCGUGAACUGGGUCUGUGGAGUACAAAUCGGACCGACGUUUGAUGCAAUGGGCCCGCGUGCACUGAUGGUAGCGGGGACUAUUUGCACGCUGAUUGGCAUUUUCACACUCAGUGUCUCUACAGAAUACUACCAGAUCUUCUUGUCAUUCUCCAUUAUGACUGGCAUCGGCUCAUCCCUUCUCCUAACUCCAUCAAUGGGUUGCGUCGCUCAUUGGUUCAUGGAGCGUCGUGGUCUUGCUAGUGGUAUAGCUUUCAUAGGAGGCGGUUUUGGUGGAGUUCUAUUUCCUCUGAUGAUACAAUCACUCCUCCCCAAAGUUGGCUGGGGAUGGUCGAUCCGGAUCCUCGGAUUUGUGCUGGUUGUACUCUGCGCUAUCAGCGUGGCAUUCUGCCGAAGCAGAAUCCCUCCCCGCAAAGGAGCCAAAACAACUUGGCGAGAUACGUUGCCGGAUUAUAAAAUCUUCAUGGAUGGAACAGGAGCCAUGGCGCUAACAACUGCCGGAGUCCUCUUGACGGAUUUGGCGUACUUCAUCCCGAUUACGUACAUGCCACGUUACUAUAUCGAUCGGCAGCAUCUGUCCAAUGAUGAGGCCCUGACGGGGUCCUCGGCGUUUGCAUAUCAGCUUCUCGCAAUUCUCAAUGCUGCUUCAUGCGUUGGCCGGUACGUGGCGGGCGACAUGGCAGAUCGAUUUGGCAGAUACAAUACCAUGAUUGUCUCGUUGUUCUUCUGCACAAUAUCCUCGCACCAGACCUCGAUUCCUAUGCACUCCUGA